AUGUCUUUGAAUAACAUUUUUAAGUAAAAGUAAAUUGAAAGAUUAAAAGAUUAAUAAUUUCAUAAGUAUAAGUUCAAAACUAAUUCAUAGAUAAUAAAGAGAGAGUAAAUAAGAAGAAAUAAGAAAAAUUAAGUCAGGUUAAUUUAAAGCAAGAUAAACUAAUAGAGUAGAAAUGUUUGAAGAAAAUAAACUAAAUAAAUUAAGAGAAAUAUUAAAAGAAGGUAGUUAUCCAAUAUUGCCUAUUACUAAACAUUCAUUUCGAGAUCGUUAUAAAGAAAAAGAAUUAGAUGGCAAUAUAAUAUUAAAGAGGUAUUUAUAGAUAUAAUAUAAGAGUUAAUAAUUAGGAAAGGACAGAGCUAGAUAAACAAUGUUAGAUUUUAAAUAAGGACAUUUAGAAACUGGAGAAUUUAAUAAUAAUGAACCACAUAAGAAUCAUUAUAAAUGGCUAAAAGUGGAAGAUCAAUCUAAUUAAGGGAAUCCUAUGAGAUUUGGCAAGGGAGAUAGAAUUGAGACUGAAAGAAUAAAACGAGUUGUGGAUAAUAAUAGUUAGAAAAUUGAUUAUUUGGUAAUAUAUAUCUUAUACAGAAAAAAGACUUAAUGAUGUUGACUAAUCCUACAUGG